ACGUAACGGGUUGGGUGACGGUUGGUGUAACCCGGCGCGGGGGCGGUUAAAGGGAGGAAACUUCCUUCACAGAUUGAAAGCGGGGUUCAGGCUCGUUCGCUUUGUAAUUCACAGAGUAAAUACAGUACGAAGUUGGGAGGGGCACCGCCCACACGCCGGUAUGGAGGCACAGAAUAUAUACCAUGCAGAUAAAAACCAUUCAGAUCCAGCUGGUCUGUUUGAGCCUCUUGUUGUUCUGGAGUUUUCUGCCACAGCCAAACGGUCAUCAGUGGAGUGGCUGCUAGCAAAACUUCAGGCCUUGAAAACUGAUGGAGGUGCAGACUUGGCAGUGCGUACUUUGUACAUAGAGCACAGUUCUGACAAUCAUGAGGAGCCUGCUGUGGAAACCAUGCUUUUGGUAACGGCCAGCACAGAACGGCUUCUACUGGCUGCUGAAAUGAUGGAGAUGAAGAAGAAACACAAAGAUGGUUUUCAUCGGGAAGUCACAGUGCAGGACAUUGAGAACUUUGAUGGGUCUGAGGAUUUGGGAUCAUUCUUCACACAGGCAGAAAAACAGCGACUGAUCUUUAAGGAGAUUGAAAAUAUCAGAGCUGGAGAGUUAGAUCAACAUGUGCCAGGCUAUGAGAACAUCAAGCUCUAUCCUGGCAAAAGCAUCAUAAAGAAGUACUUGAGCCGGCGUAUUUUACUGCAAAUCUAUCCUGUCCAUGAUAGUGAAGCCCUUAAACGCCUGGGAGAUGAAUGGUAUCAGCCACAUAAAGCAUUCAGUCGGCAGCCUAUUGACAAGAUUCAGAAGUACUUUGGGGAGAAGAUAACUCUCUACUUUGCCUUCUUAGGCCUUUACACUGUUUCCCUCAUACCUCCAGCAGUGAUUGGCGUCAUUUAUUUUGUCACUUCAUGGCGAAGCGUUUAUCGAGAAGCAAUUUUUGCCAUUUUUAACCUCAUCUGGUCCACCAUCUUUCUUGAGACCUGGAAACGUUAUUGCGUAGAGCUGACAUACUCCUGGGGCACCAUCAACACAGCUGUCUCAAAGUUUGAGGAGCCCCGAGCCAACUUUUAUGGCACUUUAGGAAGAAAUCCAGUGACUGGAAAACCAGAAGUGGUCUACCCCAAGUGGAAGAGAGCACUGAGGUUCUACGCUGUCACGGUGCCUGUGAUUAGCCUCUGUCUUUUUGUGGCUUUCUUGGUGAUGUUGUUCUACUUCUGGAUGCAGAAAUGGGCGGACUCUCUGCAUGAAGAGGAUAAGGGAUGGAUCAGCUUUAUGCUUCUGUUUGUUCCUACUGCUAUUUAUGCAGUGAUCAUUGGAAUUUUGAACAGUAUUUAUCGUAUUGUAGCCAAAAAGCUGAAUGAUUUUGAAAACCAUAGACUCGACUCAUCAUACGAAAAUCACCUGGUGCUGAAACUCAUACUAUUUGACUUUGUUAACUGUUUCAUUUGCCUAUUCUAUGUGGCAUUCUACUUGCAAGACAGAGCGGUGCUUAAGAGUUUUCUGUCCACACUGCUGGUUACCCAGCAAGUGAUCGGUCAAAUUCGAGAGGCUAUGGUGCCAUUCCUUUUCCUGCAUCGUCGCAGCAAACAACUGGAUAUUGCCUUGAAGAAGCGACAAGUGUUACAGGAAAAUGAUGAAGCUUUAGAUGUUGAUGCUUCUGUGAAAAAGAAGGUUGUGGUAGAGAGUUCCAUGGACAAAUAUGAGGGAACAAUGGAUGACUACUUAGAGUUGUUUCUUCAAUUUGGAUAUGUCUAUCUCUUCUCCUCCGCUUUUCCACUGGCGGCAGUUUGGGCUUUUCUUAACAAUGUGACAGAGAUACGAUGUGAUGCCUUCAAGAUGUGUCGCAUCUUUCAGCGACCUUUCUCAGAGCCUGCUUCAAGCACUGGAAUUUGGCAGAUUGCCUUUGAGGUGAUUGGUGUAAUCUCUGUGCUGACAAACUGUGCACUCAUAGGCAUGGAUCCGGAGGUUCAAAAACUGCUUCCAUCUGAUAUCACAGCUAUCAACAUGGUCUUGAUUUUUGUUGGUGUUGAGCAUAUUGUGCUGGCCAUAAAGAUGGCAAUAAGCUACUUCAUCCCUGAUGUACCCCGAUGGGUAGAGGUGAAUCUGGCAAAAAUGGAGUAUGAGACAAAGCAAGCCUUGCUAAAGGAGCGCAUAGCGACAGCAGCUCGCAAGAAACAAAUGCUGCGAAUUUUUAAAAGGCCUGCCAGAGAUACCAUGCAGUGAAGACUAGUACUGUUGUAUUUAGCAUUUAUUUUCUAUCUUUCUUCCACAAUUUUAGCCUUAUAUUAUUUAUUGAAUUGAAAGUAGCAGAUAUCUGAAGAAAGCUGAAGGACAGUCAUCAUAGAAAAUUUAAGGGAAUUUAUCAGCACCGCUAUCAGUAUUUCCUUGGAUGCCUGACAAAAGAGACUAAUUGAGGAGGUGCAUGCCAUGAAGAUGCCUUCCUACCAGAUUGUAUUUUUUCAUGUUUCGUUCCGAAAAGUGUUUUAAAUACUUCCUUUCAAGGUUUUACAUUGAGGUGACAUAUGUUCAAAGGUGCAAUAUUCUGAAGCAGAGAUUUUAAGUAGACAUGUUAAGUGAUGAGCUUCACUUAAAGAAACAAAUGUCACGCAAUAAACCAUAAUGUGACAGUUCCACUCUGUCACGAGCAUUUAUCUCGUUUGUAUUAGAUAUUAUUCUUCAGGUAUAUCAGGGUGCUUUUUUUCUCAUGUUGUUUAUUGCUUGUAUAUAAACUUAAACCCAGCAAACAGUGAACAAACAUAAUGCUUCCCUUUAACCUAUUUUAAAUUAAAGAAGUUUUAGGAAUGUUUCUUGCUUGUGCAAACUAAACUUUUGUUUAUAUUGUUGCAAAAUAUUGAGUCAUUUUGAGAGAAUGUUUAUCCUGUUUAACACUAAUUCUUCCUAAGAAUAGCAAAUAUUUUCUAUUUUCUGGGCCAUAUGCUAGUAACGCUGUUACACUGAGUUUCUGCCUUGUUGCUGUGGCAUUUCAGUCAUACAGCAAUGCCACAAGCAGAAUUCAAACAGCAUUAUAAAACUAAUCUCGAGUAUCAAAAGCAAACAACAUCAAAACUGAACCCAGUCAGAAAGUAAUUUUUAAAUUUUACUGCAAUGAAAGCCUUGAAGAUGAGCCACUCCAGCAUAAUGAUCACUCAAGCAUAAAGUGUACAGCAUGUGGCGUGUGUUGUUUCCAACCAAGGGCCUCCACAUCAUGUUUAGUAUAUUUAUACAAGUUUCUUUGUCUAUGAUUAUUUAUACUAUAAAAUGCUAUAGUAAAGCUUUUUCCAGAGUUAAAUAUAUCUCUAUGUUUGAGUUUUGAACAUAGUAUUUAUGAACGGUUUUAACCCAUGCUAUGCUAUUUUAAUGGUUCCAUGCUAAUGUACCUAUUACCUCUGUGAUUCAAGAUGCAGUAAUACCUGCUGGUACAUGUUGAACCUUAAGUGGUAUAUUUUUGCUAAUCCUGUUCUUGAUCUUCCCUAAUGAAAUAUGAUAUUUUUAGUUAACUUUCUUUGGUGUGAACAUUUUUAAAACUUGAUUUGUGCACAGUUGUUCACUCAUAUAUGUGCACUCACAAACACAAGAUUUGUUUGCACAAAUAAUCUGAAGUGGUUUUAUGAAAUCUUAUGUGUUGGCAUAUCAAUGCACUGUGAUUAUGUUGAAAACAUGUUUAUAAAUAUUUAAGCAAGUAGGCCAAGAGGAAUAACCGCCUCUUGCUUACUUUAGACUAUAUGGAGUUGGAAAUGGAGGAAGAAAACAAUCACACACCCUCCACAAGUUUUUGCAAGCAUCUUAGCUGUCUGAAUGCAUUAAGACAGCAGUCUGACAGUGUACUAUGCACCUUGCCCAGGGUUUUAGCAGUUCUUCCUGUGAUAGUUACUAAUAUGAUGUCUUGUACUGUUUCUGUAAUUUUAAGAUCACUUUGUCAGCUGAAAAUGGCAGAGGGUCCAUUAGAUUGGUUGUUGCCUUCAGUUUUAAAUGGCACAUUACCCUAGAAUGAAAUAUGCUUAACUAGGCCUGAAACAGCUACUGCUUGCUCAGCAUUCUAGUGGAUGUUCUGGAGUAUCUAGAAGAGUUAUCAUUACUUAAAGGAACAAACAGGAUCUUUAGUUUUUUUUCACAGUUGUUGGAUGUUGACAAUUUUUAAAGUAUUUUUCAGCAUAAUGUAUUUUCAUUUGUAAACUUUUAAUAUUUUGCACCAUCAUCAUAAUCAUCGUCAUCAUCAUAUCUGUUCCCGCUACUCUGAAAAAUGUGAUCAGGAUCUCAUCUAUAUUGAAAAAGUUCUCCUUAUUAGAAGUUUGACAAAAUAUUCACAAGACUGUUUCAGAACUGUGCACCACGAUUCAGCUUGUCAUCUUGUAUCAUCACUUUCUAAAAUGGUUAAAAAUUGUAAAGGUCCUGCUUCUUAAUGGCCAUAUAUAGUUGCAGUGCACUGUGAUUCACCAUAUUAAGGCCAUGCAUGUGGAACAAAGAGUCUUUAACGUUUACCUCACUAGAUAAUUUGGUACCUACUGCUGCUGAGUUGACCAGUCAGAGAAUGCCUCAAGCUAAUAACCCCCUGCACUGAGAUUAAGUGCACUAAGCACUUGAUUAUAGCAGUCAAAAUAUAAUAUAAAUUGACAAAUUAAACAGGAUUACUGUGUUCAUUACUGUACUUAGAAUGCUACGAGGAAGGGAAAAAAUUAUCGUCAUCAAGAUCACAUUUGUUCCUUAGCAUUUUAAAAAUAAAAACUUUGUUUAGUAUUUAGACAUAUAGUUACUGUUGUAAAACAAAUAGCAGUCAAACUUUAAAUGUUACCUGGAUGAAAGUAUUUCUAUAUUUAGUAUGUUAUUCAUAUUUUAGGCUGCUGCUGACCAAAGAAAAUAUGGCUCAACAAAUUAUUUUAACUUCUGGCAAGUUUUUAGGUCAGAUCUUCUACCUAGUUGAUGCUGCAAUAUUGUUAUGCUUAUACUUUCCUUGGAUAGUGUUUUUUAAAGUAAACAAAUGAAGUAAGGUUAAUGGAUUUGUCACAUGAUUAAGUAUGAAACAACCAUUCUUUCUGUAUUCUUUGCAAUAUUUAUGAUAAUGUACUUGUUUAAUUAGUUCUUAGAUAAAAACUUUGAAUAAGCAGUUGUACAGCCUUUAUUGCAUUUGCUGUUGAAUGCUGCCUAGUGCUAUAAAUGCCUUCAACCAUCAUGUCAAAAUUUGCAGUGACAAGAGAAAUUUUUUAUUUUGUUAUUAAAAAAAGACAUGUGUAACAUAUAUAUAUAAAUGAAUAUUGUAUAAUAUGAAUGAAAUUUUUAACAUUUUUAUAAAGUUAUCCUUUUUUCUCUAAAGAAGCAUUUCUUUAUCCAUGAACAAAGUAAAAUUAAUCAUCUUUUCUAGUAUUUUUGCUUGUUAGCUUUGGGAACAUCUGAUCCAUCAAACAUUAUCAAGCAAACAAUAGUGCAGAUGGUCUCUGUUAAAGAUAGUAAUUACGUUUUCUCUGACAGUCAUACAAAUUAUCAUCAUAUAUACAGCUCUUGAAAAGUUAUAGAGACAAAAUAAUGUCAGUAAGUUUCACCAACUGUAGCCAAAGUAGUUGUUACAAGAAAAUGUGUUCUGCAAACUGAAACGAUACUGCCAAGUUGGUCUAGUCAUCAGGUGUUUUUUUUACUGCCAGAUUUUGAAGGGUGAUAACUUAUUUGAUAAAUGCUGUCAUAUAUUUAGUCAUUAAUGCAUCAUCACCAUCAUGUUUGUUGUCAUAAUUGUUAUUUUUAUUAAUGGUUUGUUAUCAGCAUAAUGAUCCCUGUUUAAUGGUGUUGGUGACAGCAGUGAUAAGCAAGUGAAAGCAUGUUUUAUGUUAUCUCCCUUUCUGCCAAACUUCAUCUUGAAAUUAUAACGUGUAACAUUUUCUCAUAGCUUCUCUGGAGUGUUAAAAAAUUUGAAUCUUUAGCUUUUGUGGUAGAGCACUGUAAGAUUUUUCCUUGAGGGAAACAGUGUAGCAUGGGUUUUGUGUCAACCCAUUGUAAAGUGUUGUUCAAAUAUACAUGCAUUUUAUUUUUAUUUAAAUCUUUACAGUUAAAUCAUAUCCUGUAUCUUAAGGUUUUGCCAUAUUUGCCUACUUUUUAUAUAUUGCAAACUCUUUGAAUCAAAUUUUAAAUCAC